AUGUUCAACUCUGAUGCAAGGAAAUUGAUUCAAGACAUCAACAUUAUCCAGACUGAGAGUAGCCUCCUGGGUAAACCAUUUGCUGAUGACACCUUAUUCCCAGCCCUCCAGAAGUGUAUGAUCUGCCACCCAGUAUACAAGGAAACUGUGGAAACCAUACAUCAACUCAGCUUCAAUGCACUUGCCACCACAUUAACCACCUGGCAGUUGGCACUCAAGAAUAUUCCUGCCCAGAAGAUCAACCCUCAACAGGCUAGCACCAGAGUCACAGGCAACAAGGACAAGAGUGAAUCAACUGAAGAAGCUGAUGGUAGCAACAGCAAUACAAAUGCAAGAGUUGCAAGCAGACCCUGGAAGAUUAGAUGCUGGGAAAUCUGGUGCUCACUCACUCCAAGUUUGAAAAGGCUCUCAGGAUUAAAGGAACCAAGCCAUUGGAUCCUAGACUCUGGAGCCAGCUAUCUUAUGAUCAACAAUUGUAGCAUGCUCAUACAACCCAAGACAUGCCAAAAGCAUAUAUUUACUGCUGGAAGCGAAGUCUUGGAAGCAACUGCUAUAGGAGGAAUUAGCAUAUCAACAGAGUAUGGAGACCUAUCUCUCCAGAAUGUAUUAUAUGUUAAAGACCUCAAUGUUAAUCUCUUAUCAACCAACUUGUUAACAGAUGAAGGAGCACAAGUGAUAUUAGACCCUACAGGUGGGCAGAUACACAUGGCAAAUGGCAUGGUGUUCAAAAUAAGUAAGGAUCACAAGCAUGGACUAUUAGAGUUCAGAGGCAACACAUGGCAGGAAAGCACAAUGACUAUGUCAACACAACCAGUCAAAGGUGUUAAUGAAGAGUUUGAGCUGAACAAUAAGGAAUUUAAGGUUUCAAUGCAACAAUUGUGGCACAAAUGCCUUGGACACCCAGGUCAGGACAAGGUGAACAUGAUCAUCAAAAAGCUAGGAGGAGAAAUCACAGCAGACUUGGAUCCAAACAUAGCCCUCACUUGUGAGCAGUGUCAACAAUCCAAAAGCACAGCAACCUGA